AUGGCCCUCAAGCCUCUUCUUUGGACACUCUCACUCAUAUUACCGGCCUCCCUCACUACGGCGACAUCGUUCAACCUGUCGAGCGAGAUUACGAGAUUUGUACCGACGUGUGCCCGCGAAUGCUUUCGUUCUCAUUUGACUGCCAACUACGACCUCACCACCUGCGGCAGUGCUCCCACUCUGCAAUGUCUGUGUGCCAAUGUUGGCUUCUCAGGCCUCACUCUAGGGGAGGGUGCUGUGCAGUGUAUCGUCGCAGAGAAGGGCAUUGGUUUCUGUCACGAAAGUGAUGCACCGCAGACCGUGAUCGACGCAGCAUACCUGAUGUGCUCGAACCAACCGGGAGCUGUUCAGCCCACACACACAGCCAUCAUUGCGACGUUAAUCAUUCCUUCCUCUGGGGGUAUCAUCCUCGUUCCCCCAAGGACAACCACAAGGUCUACCCUACCAACGUCGACGAGCCAUCUCACGACUUCGAUUCCGACGACUCUCAUCUCGGCAACAGGCACACCGUCCAUCCCAAAUACGUCUACAACGUUGACUACCUCGACUGUAUCUCAAGCUUCUACUACGGAUAGCAUUGUUACGCCGCCACCUUUGCCACCAUCAUCCACAGCGACAACUUCCGCAUCCGCAACGGCAAUCCCAGGAGCUGAGGGUGCUGACGCUGGCGCAUCCAAGAGCUUGGGCACCGCCCAAGUGGCAGGUCUCGCAGUCGGUAUUGCAGCUGCUCUCGGGAUCGCCGUUCUCGCCAUAUGUUUCGCCCGCCGCAAGCGCAGAAAGGACUAUCCGGAUGAAAAGACGGGCUUCUUUCCCGUGCGAGAGAAGGACUCUUGGGAGUUCCACCCACAAGAGGGCCCCGCCAACAUCUUCCACAUUUCUCCGCCUGUCCACCAUGCGCAAUCCCCUUCUCCGUCACCGCUACGCCAGCCCCCGGCGGCACGUACCCGGACCAGCGGUCGCAUGAGCUGGUGGCCCGGCGCGAUCGGCCUUGCCGUCUCCCGGCCUGAGAGCACAUCAGCUGUCUACCGUCCGUCACCUCUGGCGCAGAACCGCCCAACGUCACGUCUCCUCCCAGCCAAGCCUUCUCUUUCGUCACCAAAGCCGGUACUCUCCCUCAAGAUCCCCGAGAUAGACCUCACACCGUCGUCACUCCCUCGGGCGGACCAAAGCGGAUCUGCGCCGACAAACUCCCAAAUUUUCAAGACGGCCAAGCUCACAGCGCCUCCAAAGAGUCACUACAAUGCCCGCGAGAGCACAAUGACGGAAUUUGAAGAGGACGGCGCCAUCACCUCGGCCCGUUCGGCUCGCUCAAACAACAUCUGGAGACCGCCCUCGGCAACAGUGGGCAGCAACAACAACGUUCCCAAGUCUGCCACAUACUACGUAGCCGACAAGAACGGCAACUGGGUCCUAGGGGACCCCAAGAGCGCUACGCACAUGGCACAGAUCGCCGAGCUCGAUGCCUCGGGCGCAAGCCAGGGAGGUGGCGCCAAAGCGAAGCCCUCCUACGCCGAGUCUGCCAUGCUCGCUGCCACGGCCACCACCGCGGGCAUGGGCCACGGAGCCGGAAGCCCCGUUGCCCCCUCCGGUCCCCGGAUGAUGCCACCACCCCCGGUUCUUCUUCCGCCAGCCGAGAUUGCUAGAAAUGGUGCCCUUGCGGCUCCGCCCGCAGCUCAUCAAUCCCGAACCUCGAGCGUCUACUCGCCCGCCACCACGAGACCCAAUACGGUGAUCCAGAACAGCGCUGUCCCCCCGUCUGCAGGAGCUCCUCAUCCGGUGCCGAGCAUGUCAUUCUCUCAUCCUGAGCCCCCACGCCGCCGGAGCAACUCCCUCGGCCGCCGCAGCUCGUCGAAGUCGAAAUCCACCGGUUCCGGCACUGCUCCUUUCCCUCCUCCUGCUGCAUCGGUCUCAACGGGCGCCGGACACCCACCACAUCGAUCCGACAGCCACGACUCCCACGCAUCAGCCACGACGAUCGCGUCUUCCGUCGCGAGCGAAGCCGAGCCCGUGGUUGAGCAGAGCGGUCUCUCUCCUGUCGUGGAGUCACCUGCCUCAAGGGGAUCUCCAAAUGUCGGACACUCACCUGUCUCUUACCCCGUCAUCCCCGGCCGCACCAGCUCCAAGCCCGGCUACAAUAACCUCCGCCUUCUGGCUCCUCCCGCCCGACCUUUUGCUGCAUUCCCCGCCGGACAGCCCAGCCCCACGCUCGGGAUGAUGCAGCAGCAGCAGCAGCAGCAGCAGCAACAGGCCCGAAACGGACCAUACAUGGCCAGCCACGACGUACCCCGUAAACCCGUCGGCCCUCGGCCCCGCCCAGCCGGUCCCGUCACCGAUCCGAGCAGAAUCGCCACCGGAUCGCCUUCGCUCCGCCUCGUGACCCCUUCUCCUCCCCGCUCCUCCUCCGACAACAACAGGAACGAUGUUCAAGGCCUCCAGCAGGAACCCCACUGGGAGCCCGCGCAAACUCAGAGACCACCGCAGAUGAAACCUCUCUACCCGCCGCCUCUGAACCCCAGACGGCCCAGGCUCGAGCGCAACGACGACAUCCACCCGCAACCGCAAGCCGCGCAAGUCCAGCAGGCGCCUCUGAACCAGGAGCCUCAGUCAUCUUCGGUUCACAUGGCACUUUGGGGGAACCUCCCUCCUCGUACCCAGCAACAGCAGCAGCAGAAGCCAGCUCCCUACUCUGGUCUUCCAUCACAGCAACAGCAGCCUCAAUCCCAGCAGAGACAACAGCAGCAGCCCCAGGAACAGCUAAACCAACAAUCCUUCCAACAACGCCAACGCCGUCUCUCACAGCAACAGUCAAACCGCCAAUCCAUCCAGCAACCCCUCCCCCCCAAAUCCCCGCCCCCAAAACAGCCCCUCCCGGAAAGACCAUCCUCCGCCUCCCCAUCACCACACCACAUCGCAACGCAAGCCAUCCGACCAACCUCGACAAUCCUACAACCACCACCACCACCACCGCCAACAAUCCGCCCCCCUUCCGCCUCAACGACCGCCUCCCCUACCGUCGCAACCCCCUCAACAACAUCCUCCCUCCUCUCCAAGCGCCUCGGCUCCGAACGCGCCGCUGCCCUAGCCCUCCCCAACGCCGGCCUCCGCCACAGUCCCAACUGGAGACCCGUUCGCCCAGGAGGUAACGGAGACGGAACGGAUAUGCUCCUUUCCCCCGACGCCGCUCUCUUCCCUACGCCUCCCGGAUUCCCAUCCCGGACUGGUGGUGGUGGCGGCGCCGGGCGCGGUGGCCACUUACCCGCUACGCCGACUUGGCAGCCGAGGCUGACGCCUACUCGACGGGGCGAUGACUUGUUUUUGAAUGUGCAGUGA